GUGUUUUUAUGAAUGAAAAGAAUCCGCGGGGCCAGCGUGAGGCAAGGAUGGCUGCGGACGGGCUCUCCAGCAAGGCCCUGAAGGUGAAGCGGGAGCUGGGGGAGAACACGCCGCUGCUGUCGGAUGAGGAGCUGAUGGGGCUGUCGGUGCGGGAGCUCAAUCACCACCUGCGGGGCCUCUCCAAGGAGGAGGUGGCGAGGCUGAAGCAGCGCCGGCGGACGCUGAAGAACCGGGGUUACGCCGCCAGCUGCCGGGUGAAGCGCGUCUGCCAGAAGGAAGAGCUGCAGAAGCAGAAGAUGGAGCUGGAGUGGGAGGUGGACAAGCUGGCCCGGGAGAACGCUGCCAUGCGCCUGGAGCUCGACACCCUCCGUGGCAAGUACGAGGCCCUGCAGGGCUUUGCCCGCACCGUGGCUGCCCACGGGCCCCCCGCCAAGGUGGCCACCGCCAGCGUCAUCACCAUCGUCAAGUCCGGCACCAACCAGGCCGCCUACUCCUAGUGCUGGCCUCCGUCCCCCGGCCGGGCACGGCCCCCCCAGGGUGCCUUCCCCCACGAAUCGCCUCCUGUACCCUCCCUGAUCUCUUCCCUGCCAGGACCUGUGCCCAAAAUCCUCCUUCUCCCAUCCCUUGACCUCCAGCUCCCCCAUGUAGGGAGGGCUGCCGCAGCGUGGGUGCUGGGGCAGAGGACAGGACCCCACCGGUGGCCCCCGCAGCCCUGUCCCCUGCUGCAGCUCCGCUGGCUGGGUGCCCCUCGCCCUGGGGGGGUGCAGGCAGGAGAGGGCGAGCCUGCACAGGCAGCAGUGGGGAAGCAUCCCAUGGCUCCAAGCUGGCAGGAAAACACAUCAGG